GAUUAAUAUAAAAGAUGAACUUACUGAUGUUAUCACAAAUGAAACUGAUAACAUGUAUAUAGAUGUUGAGUAUCUUGAUGACUUUCAAGAUAUUUAUGACGAUACAUCAGUUAAAAUCGAAGCAGACAUAACUGAGAGUGAUGUAGUACAAAUAGUUUCGAUUGAUAAAAUUUGUAAAGCAGGAAAAAGAAAAGUUGAAACAUGUAAGGAAAUCAAAACGAAAAGAAAUAAGGAUAGAGUAGAUGCAGAACUUGAAAGUGUAGCUGACAAUGUAAGUGAAAAUGAUUUUGAAAAAGUUACAACAGAUGAUACGAGUACUAAGGCAGAGAAGAGAAAUGUAAAUACGUCAAAAGUUAAAAAACAGAGAAAGAGCAUGAAUCGUGCAGAAGAUAAAGAAAUAAGGGGAGUGAGAAGAGGGAAGAUGGUUUACAGAUCUGCGGAGAACGAUUACUUGCCGACGGUGAACUUCGAAGAAUUGAAGAAGACAUGUAAUGUUGAUGUUGAAAUAUUAACUCAUGAGGAACAGAUGGCAGAGAUAGCGGCUCGCCGGGACUCUGAGGAUUAUAGACAGUCUCAACACAAGUGCGCGCCGUGCGGCAAGAUCUUCCGGUGCGAGGAGACAUACAGACGUCACAGAGUCAAGCACGACAGGGAAGGAGAAUUCGAGUGUCCGGCGUGCAAAUUUCGUUUUAAAUUAAAAUCCAAACUGUGGAAUCAUUUGGACGACACGCAUCGCAUAAAGUACGUGUGCCGGGAGUGCGGGUUCGUGUCCCGGACGAGAACUCAGGCGGGAUUGCAUCACGCGUUUCACGCCGGCAAAAUAUACCAAUGCAAGUAUUGCGACAAACAAUUCAGUAAAUGCACGUCGUACCUCUCCCACGUCCGCAUUAUACAUAAAACGAUGCACGUGACGUGCGACAUGUGUGGGGAGCCCUUUAUCGGCGAGAUGGGGCUCAAGAUGCACAAGGCUCGCGAACAUGGUGUGACGCCAAAAAAAUAUCGUGAAUGUAAAACCUGCUCUGUAACGUUCAUGAGCAACGACGCAUUGAAGAGGCACCAAGAAACCGGAGCACAAAAGAACCACGCUCGGCUCAGCCCGUGCGUGCAGUGCGGGGAGAACUUCGAGAGCGCGGACGCGUUAAAACAGCACGCCGACUCGGAACAUCCGACCUGCACAGAGUGCUACUCGACAUUCCUGAACGCGGAAUCGUACAACGUACAUGUCAAGCGCAAACACCUCGGCGAAGGCAACUCCCAGCAGGGCAAGCGGAGGACGCGCAACCAUGCGGUUGGUGGCCGGCCGCAAAUUAAAAAUAAGUGCUGUGAGAUCUGCGGGAAAAUGUAUAACAGUUUCCACAUGCGAAUUCACAUGAGACAACACACGGGCGAGCUGCCGUUCGCGUGCGAUCAUUGCCCGAAGCGCUUCGGAUCGAAAAGCAGCAUAAUGUUCCACAUGAGAGCGCACACGGGAUACAAACCCUACAAGUGCGAGCACUGCGGCCUCGCCUUCUCCAUUAAAAGCAACCAUCAGCGGCAUGUCAACGUUGUGCACCAGGGCAUUCGCAAGACUGCCACGUGCCACGUGUGCGGCCACGUGUCCGCGACGCCCUCCACGCUCAAGAUCCACGUGCGCGCCGUGCACUACGGCGAGCCGUGGCCUAAACGUGCUCCCAGGAAGAAGAGGACACAAAAAUAAAAGAUAGUUAAAGUACCUGCCCCAUGUAAGGCCCAGCUUAUUUAUUUUAAACAACAAUAAAUCUAUGAAUAACCACAAAAUUAAAAUUUUGAAAAAACUUUUCGACAUAGUGGACUCCCGACUAACUCAGCUUUUAAACAAAAAAAACUAAGCUUAGAAUUUUAAAAGUGGAAAAUGUCUGCCUUGGGUGAGACUUGAACUCACGGCCUCUGUCUCUCCUGCCUGUCCUGUCGGCCUGUGUCACGGUCUCUAGUGGCAUCGAUUGCAGACGUUUCUGCUAAUCAGAAGUUAAAAAAAAAACUAAAUCGAAAUCAGUUAAUCCGUUAUCGCUUUCCACCAGGCGGACUGUAUACUUGUUUGCCACCGACGAAGUAUUAAAAAAAUUCCACCUCGUCGCCAAUCUAUAAAACUAAAGUAUCCCACUUCUGAUGUCUUCGUCCAAGAAAGGAGGAUUGUUAUUUUUUAAAUAAAACCCAAUAGUAAUAAUGAAUGUUGGUUUUUUUAAGUAUGUCCUUUAAUGUCUAUUUUGGUGUUGGAAAAUUACCGCUCUGAGUGAGUCAUGAUUCCAGAAUAUCCGGAGGAAACAUCCAUGAGUUUCAUGACUAGAAAAAAAUCCAUUUGGUUUUUUUUUCUAUUUACAACCCUAGUACUGAGCAAGUGGUGAGUGUUAUGUAUUGUAUGUGUACUGAG